AUUCAUGCUUCAAGACAGCGGUUCACUUCAAGCUUCCUGGCCCUCGGAUCCACUGUUUUGAUCCGAUCUGGCCUCGUGACAAAGGAAGGCUUUCUACACACAGAUAUUUAAAGAGUAUUCUGAGACGGAGUCGCUCUGAACUGUCUGAGGAGUUCAGCCCACCGAGCAGGUGAUCGUUUGCGCUCGAACUGACGCUGGAGAUUUGCGCGUGGACAAUGCUUGAAAUCAGUGGGGGAGUGUAUUUAUUUUCAUCGUUUGAGCCCUAAAAGAAAGUCUGUGUGGAUUUUUUUUUUUAUUUUAUCGAGGCACCCUUUGAAGUAUCACACAACACCGGUCGUCUGUUUCUCAAAGCUCCGUGCAAGCUCUGCUUUCUUGUAGCGCUCUGGAGGAGCGCAGAACCUUGGGGUGGACCUUCUGUUGUUUGCCAGAGUGCUUUUGCUAGCCUACUCUGUGCUUUUUUUUCAUAAGUUUUUAAAAAAAGUGCAUCACACGAUUGGGAGAAGGUUUAAAUGUUCGGGAUCCAGGAGCAUCUGAUACGAGAAGUGAGCGGAUUAAAAGAGAGAAGUCUUGGAGAGGAGAUGGAUCCAGUCCGGUCGUGGGUGCGUAAUGUCGGGGUUGUGGAUGCGAACGUCGCGGCGCAAAGUGGAGUAGCUCUGUCAAGAGCUCAUUUUGAGAAGCAGCCGCCCUCCAACCUCCGUAAGUCCAACUUCUUCCACUUUGUCCUGGCGCUCUAUGACAGACACGGCCAACCUGUGGAGGUGGAGAGGACUGCGUUUGUGGACUUUGUUGAGCAUGAAAAGACGGGAGAAAAGACCAACAACGGCACUCACUACAAGCUACAGCUCCUCUACAGCAACGGGGUUCGUACGGAACAAGAUCUUUAUGCACGACUCAUCGACUCUGUCACUAAACAGCCCAUAUCGUAUGAGGGACAAAACAAGAAUCCAGAAAUGUGCAGAGUUCUGCUCACACACGAGGUUAUGUGCAGCCGCUGUUGUGAGAAGAAAAGUUGUGGCAACCGAAACGAGACGCCCUCUGACCCAGUCAUCAUUGACAGGUUUUUCUUGAAGUUUUUCCUGAAAUGUAACCAGAAUUGUCUGAAGACAGCAGGAAACCCGAGGGAUAUGAGGAGAUUUCAGGUGGUCUUGUCCAGCACUGUGAGUGUAGACGGCCACGUUCUAGCAGUGUCUGACAACAUGUUCGUCCACAACAACUCAAAACACGGUCGGAGAGCCCGCAGACUGGAGCCAGGCGAGUCAGUCGAGAACACCAUGGAAUAUGCAACCCCGUGUAUCAAAGCCAUCAGUCCCAGUGAGGGCUGGACCACCGGUGGGGCCAUGGUCAUCGUCAUCGGGGAGAACUUCUUUGAUGGGCUGCAGGUGGUGUUUGGCAGCAUGCUAGUGUGGAGUGAGCUGAUCACACCGCACGCUAUCCGUGUCCAGACACCUCCUCGACACAUCCCUGGGGUUGUGGAGGUCACACUGUCUUAUAAAUCUAAACAGUUCUGCAAGGGAGCUCCUGGACGCUUCAUCUACACAGCCCUUAAUGAGCCAACUAUAGACUAUGGCUUCCAGCGUCUUCAGAAGGUCAUUCCUCGACAUCCUGGGGACCCAGAGAAACUAGCCAAGGAGAUCCUCCUGAAAAGAGCAGCAGAUCUUGUGGAGGCCCUAUAUGGAAAUCCACACAGUAAUCAGGACAUGCUGCUGAAACGUGCAGCUGACAUUGCUGAGGCACUCUACAGUGUUCCCCGUCCUCACAGUCAGCUGCAGGCGCUGCCAAGCUCACCAGCCCACGGCAGUGUCAUGGGUCUGGGCUCCUACCCUUCUCAGUUAGGCGUUAGCAUCGGAGAGCCAGGACAGAGCAGCCAAGGUUACAUUCGAAAUUCCAGCAGUUUGUCUCCUAGGGGUUACCCAUCAGCUUCCACUCCUCAGCAGUCAAGCUAUGGGACUAGCGGCACAAUGACCGGAGGCUAUGGGACAGUUCCCAUGACCAGUCUAGGAGUUCCUGGAUCUCCUGGUUUCAGCAGUGCUUCCCCCACAGGCUCUCCUUAUAUAAUGCCCUCCAGCCCCACUAUACCAGGAAGCUCCAGCUCCUCGUCCUCCCUCUUGCCAUUCUCCUCCUUCCCGUCCGCUGCUAAACAGAAGAGUGCUUUUGCUCCUGUCCUCAGGCCCCAGGGCUCUCCCUCCCCUGCCUGCCCUGCCUCAGGGGGGAACAGCUUCAGAGGUAGCCACCCAACUCACUAUCUGACCCCCCUGUCUGAACUUACGAAUGCAGUCUAACCCCUCAUACUAACCACUCGAAAGCUAUGACUGAACAAGACAGAAAACAGUUGCUGGAUGUACAUUAAUGCAAGACCUGAUUGAUUAGAAUCAUAGAUUUUGUAUAUUUUUUUCUCUCCAGCGAUGACGGGCCUGGUUGUUCCCCCGAUGUAGCAAAGCACCCCAAUCUACCCCAGACCACUGCUUCACUUAACCCCUCU